UACUAUGAGCUCUGCCCUCUUGCCGCAGCGACCGAACGCAAAGGACAAAAUCAGGACGAACGAGUGAUGUUCCACAUAAACGUUUGUUGGCGCUCAAACGAAGACACUGCGUGGUGGCUCGCACCGUCUUCUGUGCUUUAAUUCGGAAAUAGAAGCUAGCAGCUAGCGUUGAGAAAACAGACAUCGAAGCACAGACAGAGGGCCCCGAGUGGCGUUCGAAGUCCCCUCACCGCUGGGUCAUCAUCGACGCCGUCGUCGUAGUGUCCAUUCUGCGUGUGUAUCCUCACCAAGGCAAAGAAACACACACGAGAAGACAUACGGGACAGCAGCCAGCGUUUUUUGUUUUGCUCCUCUGCCGCAGCCCGGAGGUUUGCUGCCCAGCAGAGUAUGCUAAAUAAUGAGCCAAAGGGACACACUGGUUCAUUUGUUCGCCGGGGGAUGUGGAGGUACAGUGGGGGCCAUUUUGACGUGUCCUCUGGAAGUGGUGAAGACCAGACUCCAGUCCUCCUCCGUCACACUUUACAUCUCUGAAGUCCAGCUCAGCACCGUAAACGGAGCCAGCGUUGCCCGUGUUGCUCCGCCGGGGCCUCUGCACUGUCUCAAGUUAAUCUUUGAGAGAGAGGGCCUGCGCUCACUCUUUAGAGGAUUGGGACCCAACCUUGUGGGCGUGGCACCUUCGAGGGCGAUCUACUUUGCUGCCUAUUCAACAGCCAAGGAGAAGCUGAAUGGCGUGCUGGAGGCAGACUCCACCCAGGUGCACAUGGUGUCUGCUGGGAUGGCAGGGUUCACUGCCAUUACAGCCACCAACCCCAUAUGGCUGAUAAAGACCCGCAUGCAGCUGGAUUCCAGGAACCGGGGUGAACGCCGCAUGAACGCGUUCGACUGUGUUCGUCGGGUGUACCAAAUGGAUGGCUUGCGAGGUUUUUACAAGGGCAUGUCGGCAUCGUACGCGGGCAUCUCUGAGACUGUCAUCCAUUUUGUCAUCUAUGAAAGCAUCAAACGUAAGCUGCUGCAGUCGAGGGCCCAUGCCAGCAUGGAGGGCGAGGAGGAGUCUGUCAAAGACGCCCCUGACUUCAUUGGCAUGAUGCUUGCUGCAGCAACUUCCAAGACCUGUGCCACCACCAUUGCAUACCCCCACGAGGUCAUCCGCACAAGGCUACGAGAAGAAGGAAGCAAGUACCGCUCCUUCUUCCAAACUCUACUGACCGUACCCAGAGAGGAGGGAUACUGGGCGCUAUACCGCGGCCUCACCACGCACCUUGUCAGACAGAUUCCCAACACGGCCAUCAUGAUGUGCACCUACGAAGUGGUGGUAUACCUGUUUGGCCAUUAGCCCCCUGUCGCCAGUUUUCUUCCACUCUGUACAGACUGGAAAAUGUAGGCCUUUUGGUGAGGAGAAAAUGAAGACCAAAGGAAAACCCAACAAGCUGAAAUGGACCAGCAGAGUACAAACAAGUAAUAUGUGAAACAUGAAAGGAGGAGGCCCUUUGGUACCAUUUCAACCUCUAGACUGCUAGUUCCCGUCCUUAGUUUUUCUGAAGAGAUAGAGUGCUGAACUUUGCCUUGGAUAAGAGAUGAGCUGACAGAAAGAAAGUUGCCUAACAGAAGGAGCCUCUGGUAAAAAAAGAUGAUGAGCACAAUUCAGUGGCCUUAAGUUUUGUUUCUAUGAGGGAUGAGUGAAUUACUGCUUUUCAUUCCUAUAGAGAACAUUUUGGAAGGGGGAAUGCUUGAAGACGACUGCAUUUGGCAGGAAGAAUGAGAAUAACAAAAUACAGUGAAAACCCCCGCAUAUUCACAGUUCGGAAUUCGCCUAGUCAGAGAUAUUUUUUGGACCCUAACUGCCGUUUUUGUGCUCCGGCCAAAUUACAUAAAACAACUGUUAUUUGUUGUGCCUUGAGAUGCGAUUUUAAUUUGUGACCAUGCUUGUAACUCAAAACACAUCUCAAAUCAUCUUUCCCCAUUUAAUUGAAUUGAAAUUCAAUUCACUAAUCUGUUCCAGCCCCCCCUAAAAAAAGUUUUUUUUAACAAGACAAUUAACACACUAUUAAUAUAAUACAUUAUAAAAACACACGGUAAUGACAUACCAUAAUUAAAAUAUAAAGAAACAGUUUUUGAAAAGUUUUUUACUUUAAUGCAAUGGACAUUGUGCAGCUCCUCCUGGUGUGCGCCAUGGUCACCUGGGGAUGGUACAAAGCAGACAUACUGAUGGUCAUUACUCCUCAGUAAGCCUCAGUAUUAUUAGCACUUCGCAGAGGAUAAAGAACAUAUGCCUGAGUAUCGUUAUAGUGUCUCUACAUGUGUUGCACCACCGUUUGUGUUCAAAUACCUGUUGCGCAAAGGGUUAUACUUGUGUCACAGAGACACUGAUGCUAUUCAUUAGCCUCUGUAUGGCAUUUUGGAUUGUUUGUCAGCAUUAAGUUAAGUAGACUUUGCUUAGGCAAAGCUAUGUGGUUGUUUAUAAUACACAGCAUGUAAUUCUUUGUUUCGUGUUUAGUUUGACAGCUUACGUCACCUGGGUUUGGCAAUAAACAGCUUGAAGACUCA